AUGCUCGAGUUGAUACGGCACAAUAUCCAGCUGAACAGCUUGAAGAGCAGAGCGUUGUCUCUAGAGCUGAACUGGGGAGACCCUCUGCCACAGGUGGUGCUCGACCAGAAACCGAAUGUCAUUAUCGCUGCCGAGUGUGUGUACUUUGAGCCUGCAUUUCCACUCCUGCUGCAAACACUCAAAGACCUCUUGGAGCUCAAUUCGGAAGCUGUGGUGUACUUCUGCUUCAAGAAGCGCAGACGAGCCGACAUGCAAUUUGUCAAGGUGGCUAAGAAAGCAUUUGCCGUCGAUGAGCUAUUCGACGAGGAUCGCCCCGUCUUCUCGAGGCAAUCGCUGUUUCUCUUUUCUUUCAGAAACAAGACUCACAGAAAAUUGGACGAAAGCCACGUCAACAUGGUUGUCAAGCGAUACCACUACGUCGGUUGGCACAUGCCCAUCUCUAGAGGAUAA